AUGCGGGAACUCUCAUUCUCGAACGCCUUUUCUUUGAUAAGACAAGAUGCGUUUACCUACGCUUUACCUUACCUUGUUCUUUCCCUUUUACACAUGGAUACCUUUUUAUUCACUAAUGCCGACCUUGAUACAUUCUCGCGAUCUAUCAACAGCGAUGACGGAACAGCGCAGAAUGGAAUUAAAGUAUUUAAUGAUAAGGAAGGAUUCGAAACUGCAGUUCGCAAUGUAAUUCAGCACGUCACAUUUGACCUAAAUAGUAAAGUACAAGUAUUCGAAGUAAACAUCCGCGUAUUAGGGGCUCUGUUAUCAGCACAUUUAUUUGCGACAGAUCCUCGAUUUGGCUUCAUGAUAGAAGGUUAUAAUAAUGAAUUGUUGGAUUUGGCUUACGAUUUGGGACAAAGGCUGUUACCGGCAUUUCAAAAAACAAAGACAGGGAUUCCCUUCUCACGAGUGAACUUAAAAUAUGGUGUCCCAAGCAGCGAAACACACGAAACUUGCACGGCCGGGGCCGGUACUUUGAUUUUGGAAUUCGGCGUCUUAAGCAGACUAAAAAAUGAUACACGGUUUGAGGAGGCUGCACGCAGGGCAUUAUUUGGUAUUUGGAACAGGCGAACAAACCUAGAUCUGGUUGGAAAUGUCAUAGACAUUCAAACUGGACAGUGGAUUCAUACUGCGGCUAGCACUGGUGCCGGAAUUGAUUCAUUUUACGAAUACUUACUUAAAGCCUACGUGCUAUUUGGGGAAUCUGAAUAUUUAAGUGUCUUUAACGAAGCGUAUUCAGCAAUUUUAAAAUAUGUUCGUGAUGAAUCAGGGUAUUUGUAUCGUAGUGUAAAUAUGAUGAAUGGAGGACUGAUGUCUGGCUGGGUGGACAGUUUGUCAGCCUACUUUCCGGGUCUUCAGGCAACACAGGAUCCCUUUUACCUUAAAGUUGGUGAGAUGGUUUUGCAGGAUUUAGAAUCGUAUUCUCGUGUGGAAUGUGGAUACGCAUCUGUCAAAGACGUACAUACGAAAAAACUUGAAGAACGAAUGGAAAGCUUCACAUUAAGUGAAACCUUUAAAUACUUGUAUUUACUAUUUGACACUGAAAACUUUCUCAAUAAAUUGGAUGACAAUUUUGUCUUUACAACUGAAGCGCAUAUUAUUCCACUUCCCGCAAGAUAUCUGAAGAACUUCACAAAAAUACAUCAUAUCAAGACAGAAGAUUCUAUAUGCCAAAAACAUAAAAAAGUAAGACAAUUUUGUGCGUCCGUUUUAGAUCGUCCCGAUGCAGAUUUCGCGAGGGAGUUGGUUGGGUUUGAAGAUCAAUCAUUGCCACCAUUAGAUCCCCAUGGUCAUUGUGAAGUUCCUGAAACGGAACCUUCAGUAAUGGAUGUAAGUUUUGGUGAUCCAAUUCCUCAAUCCAAUCAACCAGCUCAACAAUUGGUACAAUACUUCAAUGGAUUGAUUGCAAACAGUUUGGCUGGACUGAAGUUAGAAUUAUCGAGGAGAGCUGAUCGAACGGGUUAUGAUGUAACUAAAGACCCGUCUAUAAAGGAUUAUUGGAUUAAAUACCAAACGUAUGAAACCUCUAUUAUUCGGGUGAUCCAUAAUUACAUUUUUUACGAAGAUUAUUCAGAUUAUAUUGGAGCUGUUGCUUCAUUUGGACCGAAAAUCACAGAGGAAUCACAAGUGUUACAUCUUGUACAAAUAUCGCCGUCAUCAAACGGCUGUGAAUCAUACAACUUGGAUGAGGAAACUAUUAUUCGGGAUAACAUUUUACUUACGAAGCGAGGAGAAUGUACUUUUGUUGAAAAAGUUUCACAUGCGCAAGCCGUUGGAGCAAAGGCGCUUAUUAUUAUUAGCGAUGAUAAUUAUUUAUUUAAACCGGAGCUACCAUCUGAAUAUGAUUCUGUCUUCUUUUCAAUACCUUGCCUCCUAAUAACUAAUGAAUCCGGAAUAGAACUAGAGAAACUUUUGUCAAAGUCACCUGAAGUUCAAAUAAAACUCGUACCUCAUCAACAAGAAUCAACAACCCCUCUCACGAAUGACGAUCUUUUAUUGACGAUUCACGGUCAUAUAGUAAGAAACAUUCGACUUAACCUGAGCGGACAAUAA